CAAGCGUAAAAUUCUCCGUCGUUUUCCCGAACGCCCGCCUCUCAGAUUUCCAGAAAGUCCCCGUGAAGUUGAAGACCGUGAAACAUCUUCAACCUCACGCGGCCUCGUAAUGGAGAAAGGAAAUUCCCACACUGCCCCUAGGCCUCAUCCCGACGACCGCAUCAAGCUCAACGUCGGCGGCAAGUACUUCGAAACGACGUUAGAAACGAUCCAGGCCGGCGGACCCGACUCUCUCUUAGCCGCCCUAUCAAACCGCUCCACCGACGACCCGAACCCGGUUUUCAUUGACCGGGACCCGGAGAUCUUCUCCGUCAUCCUCUCUCUUCUCCGAUCGAAAGGCCUCCCUUCCGCGGCUCGCCUAUUCUCCAAGCAGGAGCUCGCCGAUGAAGCCCUCUACUACGGCAUCGAGUCGCAGCUUAAGUCGGCGAUGUCGCCUCCUCCUCUUUCUGGAAUCGACGCAUCAAUUGUCACCACCGUCCAACCCGCCUACGAUGGCUGUCCUUCGGCGAUUACCGCAGGCGACGACGGCUCCGUCUGGAUCGCCCAUGGCGGCCAGAUAUCCAGCUACGAUUGGAAACUCAGCUACGCCGGAACCCUACGUACGCAUUUGGAGGACAUAACCUCGAUUUGCCGUGUGUAUCCUGAUAUUGCCGCUAUAGGAUCCGAAUCCAGCGCAGGACUUCACUUCUACGAUUUCUCAGGCGUGCGAAACCUCGGGUCGAUCCACUGGACCGACCCGGAAGAUCCCAGAAUCUUCAAGGCGCGAGUCACCGCCAUUGCCGACUCGCCAAGCUCGGUCUUCGCGUCGUUUGAUUGCUCCCACAGAGAGAAUUGCAUCUUCUUGAUCGACAAAUCGACUCUCAAAAUCGUAUCAGAGCUGAGCCGGCAACCGGGGAGCUCCGCAAAGAACCUGGCCGUGGGAAAGCUGAGGUGGCUUCCGGAGACGGGACUGAUCGUCGGGAGCUCCGUCACGUGCGGCGCCUUUGGUUACUCGGGUUACAUCCGAUUGUGGGACCCGAGGUCGAAUGAGGUGGUUUGGGAGGCGAACGAACCGGGUUCGGGCCGGAGCAGUCGGUUCGGGGAUUCGUUCGCCGACGUGGAUGCCGACGUUGAGGAGUCGACCCUGUUCAAGUUGUGUUCAAAGUCCGGCGACUUGGCAGUGGCAGACUUGCGUAAAUUAGGGGAUGAUCCGUGGGUAUAUUUACAAGACAAGAACCCAAGCUUGAGGUACACCGGCGGAGAUGGGACGGGUGGAAAUAACAAUAGUGUGGUGAGGUGUUACAGAAAGCAAGUGUUUGUGGGGAGGGAAGGUGGGUUGGAGGUUUGGUCGAAGGUGGCAGAGGCAGAACGCAGGGUGGAAAUAGAAAAUGGGGUUUGUGAGGGGUGGUAUAGGAGGAAUUUUGUUGAUAAAGUUGAGGAUUCUGAGAGAGGGAUUAUAAAGAAAAUCGAAGGUGGCGGCGAUAGGCUGUUUGUUAUUAGGGAAGAUGUUGAGGGCAUUGAGGUGUGGGAAAGCUCUCAAUCUUCGGGUGCAAUUUCGGUUUUGUGACUCCAAAGGAGAGGCUUUGUAAUCUGUGUGAUAACACUUCGUUGCUACUAUGUUUUGCGUUUCUCGGCAUGUUGGUAUCUUUGCACAUUGUCACAAAUUUCGUUUCUUUGCUUCGUUUUAAGAAUAUUUCGGAUGUCUCAUUCACCUGGUCUUCACCGAUAAGCCAAUUGGCCAAUUCUAACAAAGCAAACUCAAACCUUUUCCUAAUGGGAUUCCAUGACAAGGGAAGUUAGUAUGAAGGAAUGUCAACUAUGAGCAGUUUGCUUCUCUAUGUAGCUAUAGCUCUUUGGAAGAUUGGAGGCUUUCAGAUAGCUUAAUCUCGGAUGGCUUCAGUUUCCAUUGUAACCACUUUCAGAUUUUUCCACCAUGCCACUCUAAAUCAUGAAAUUUGCUCUGUUUCCGCUUGCUUAUUAGUUAUCGUCAUUGCAUUCAUUUCAUUGCUUGGAGUUUAAUUCUGCAGAUGCAAGGAGCACUUGUUGCAGACAUGUACAUCCCUAACCAAUUUGCGAUGAUGGUGCCCGGUUAAUAUGUAGUUUGCCAGAAACAUUGUUUCUUGAACAUGUCAAAACCGGGAUCAAGAUCAGAAAUAUACAUCUUCAAAUCAAAAUCAAGAACCCCACACAGUAGGCAGCAUCGAUUGUACUUUCUGUACAAUGUAGAGUUGUUGCUUCACAGGUGGAUACUCGGAGGCUAGAUGCGGUGAGGAAACAAGAUUUUAUUGAAAAGAUGCUCGAGACCAUCCCCAUGCGUGUGUUCUAGGCUUCUAGCUGUUCAGAGCACCUUUCCGGUGGUGCCGUCGACGGAAGUGGUGAUGUCAGCUUUGCCAGUAUUUUCAACAAUUAGCUGCAUCCCUCUAUGAGCAAGUACAUGUUUUGCGCUACGUUAGGAACAGGCAUGAUGAAGCUUUAGGUAGGGCGUUUUGUGACUUGUGAGAGACCAUGUGUGCCUCGCUGAGGUAAACUAUAUGUUUCGGAAAAUGGAAAUUAAAAAGGGAACUUUAACGAAAA